AUGGCGCGGUGGUUGUCAUUCUUUGCAGAAUACAACUUUACGGUCGAGUACAAACCAGGACGACUUAAUAUCGUCGCUGAUGCACUCUCACGUCGUCCCGACUUUGAAACAGUCGCGAAACCCAACAGUGAGACAGUCACUGUUGCGGUUAUGACGUCCUCAGUUCCAUCUACAACGUUGUAUGAUGAUGUGAGGCGGGCAUACGCCCAAGAUGCCGUUUCUGGUGACACACCACGUGUUGUCAUUCCAGAUGAUAUUGAUCUGCGUUUGCGGAUCAUGUUCGAGUAUCACGAUGCUCCUAUAGGAGGACAUCGUGGCCAAGAGAAAACAUAUCUCACGGUAAGUCGAGACUUUUACUGGCCCCGCCAGUAUCAGUUUGUGCGAAAGUAUGUUCGCGCAUGCGAAGUCUGCCAACGAGUGAAGUCAAGUCCUUCACUGCGUGCACCUUUACAGCCUCUACCGGUUCCGGCUGAGUGCUGGGAAUCCAUCUCAAUGGAUUUCGUCUUCGGGUUACCCAAAGACGCACGCGGGAAUACGGGUAUUCUCGUAUUUGUUGACAGACUCAGCAAAAUGGUACACCUUGUGGCUGUACCAGAGACAAUCACGGCAAGUGGCUGUGCUUGUGUCUUUAUUGACACCAUCUUCCGACUUCAUGGGUUGCCCCGUGAACUCGUAUCAGACAGAGAUCCACGAUUCACUGCUGAUUUCUGGCGUUCCGUGUUCAAAUCACUCGGAACGCGCUUGAAGAUGUCGACAUCUGAUCAUCCAGAGUCAGAUGGUCAGACGGAACGUGCCAAUCGUGUCCUUGAAGAGAUAAUUCGAGGAUACGUACACUCCUUUAAGAGCUGGAGUGAGUUUUUGCCGAUGGUAGAGUUUGCCAUCAACAACUCGGUGCAUGCGUCCACGACACAUACACCGUUUUACGUGAAUGGCUUGCGCCAUCCGCGUGUACCCACCUUACUAGAGUGUAACUCUGGUUUAAGGGGGAGGGACUCGCGCGAGCAAAAACCGAUUUGGUUCACGCUCAUCACGCUCUGA